UCGCCUUGACGUGUUGUCUUUUAUUUCCUGUUCUAGCUGGCGGCAUCGUUAGCACUUUCAUGCAAAGAUUGUGAUCUUCAAAAGCCUCUAAGAAGCGAAUUAACGGGCAAAGUGGUGAUUUGUCUCUUGGAUUUAGCCGUGACUAUUAUGGCGGGUGCCACCGUAAAGACUGUACAGGCUAUUUUUCAGAGCAUGGAGUACGGACCAGCCGCAACUUACAGCACUGCCACUGCAGAGGCCUGGCUGGAUAAUCAUUCCCGCUCGCUGGGUCUUUUUAUUGAUGGCAAGUUUGUCCUCCCGUCAGACAGACAGACUCGCUCCUUGAUGGACUCGAAAGGUGGUCUCGUGUGCAGCACAGUGUGUGCCACGCAGGCUGAUAUUUCAUGCUGCGUAACCUCUGCCAUCAAGGGCUUUGAGGCCUGGAGUGGCCUGUCUUGCUACCAGAGGUCCAAAAUGCUGCUCAGGUUGGCGAGCACUCUUGGGCAGCACGGUCAGAGUUUUUCCGAGCUGUGUGACCUGUGUCAAGUCUCGUGCUCCUCCUCUACCCUUGUCAGAAUGUUGCAGUACUACAGCAGCUGGGCUCAGCUCAGAGACACUCUCAUCGCAAACUGGAUGCCACUGGGUGUGGUUUUAGUUGUCGUCUCUGACGACUGCAGUCUUUACUCCCUGAUGCUCAAAGUCUUACCAGCAUUAGCCAUGGGCAACUCUGUCAUACUCGUCCCUGGUCAAAGCACCGCCCCUGCGGCACUUUUAUUGGCUCAGCUUUUUAUGGGCGCAAGCCUUCCUGCGGGGGCCCUCAGUGUUUUAACUGGCAGUGACAUGUCAAUGGCUGCUGAUGUGGCCCAGAAUGCCAGCAUCAGCUACGUCACCUACAGCGGCAGCAAGGAGGAUGGUGUGAAGCUGUGUAAAGCUACAGCAGGGAUGGGUGUUCCAGUCUCUGUAACCCCAAACAUUGGCACUACGUGCCCUAUCAUCAUUUUCGAGUCUGCCGACAUCAACAGCGCAGUGGAUGACGUGUUGGAGACUGCGUUCAAGAAGAACAAAGAAGUGCAUUGGGUGCUGUGUGUGCAGGAGAGCGUGCUGGACAGCGUGAUGGCCCGUCUAAGGCUGCGCAUGGCAGGCAUGAAAUGUGUGGCGCUUCCCAGCAAUGAGGCCAGGGUGCUUGUGGACACUGCAGUGCAGGAUGCUCAAAGCAAGGGGGCAAUGUUGUUGCAGUCCUGUGCUGUCCCUUCCGGUACACAGUACCCUCCUACGGUGUUGUGCGGCGCGGCCCCCUCCUCGCCUUGUGUGGUCACGCCCUCUCCUGGGCCACUGCUUCCUCUUAUGACCUUCAGAAGUAACACGGAGGCAGUGACUCUGGGGAAUCACAGUCCACAUGGCCAAGCAGCAUGUGUCUGGACUGAAGACCUCACUCUGGCUUUGGAGACAUCCAAGAGUCUGUCUGUUGGCUCAGUGUGGGUGAACUCACACCCUUUAUCUGAUCCGUGUCUCCCUGUUUCUGGUCACAAAGACAGUGGCACCUGCACUGACGGAGGGCAGGAGGGUCUGUAUCAGUUCCUGCGGCCGUCCUCGUCAUGUGUCCUUCCUCGCGCUACCCCUAUUGCUCUGGACUAUGCUAAGUUUGGAACUGACGCCACCCCAUUUAUCAUUCCGGAUGAGACUGUCGGCACCGUCAAGUCCUUUGCACAGUUUAUCGCUGGCAAGGCAUGCAAAUCGGAGUCUGGCGCUAGUGUGGUGGUGCAUUCUCAAGGGGGCGGCAGCGUGUUAGGCUACUGUCCUGAUGGAGGCCGGAAAGAUGUCCGGAAUGCUGUGGAGGCAGCUAUCAAAGUUCAGCCUGGCUGGAUGAAAAAGUGUCCAUCUGCACGUGCCCAGUCCAUUCAGUCUCUGGCCAAGGGCCUUGAAGGAAAAAGACAGGACAUUGCAAAAGCAAUCAGUACCCAAACUGGUAUACCUAUGGAAGAGGCUGACGUGGAGGUGGAGCUCAGCAUCGCCAGGCUCAGUGACUGGGCAGCCUACUGUGACAAAGUCCACGGCGGAACUCUGCCUGUACCACAGUGUGGCUCGGGACUCUCCGUCCCUGAGGCACUGGGAGUGGUGGGGGUGGUCCUUCCUGACAAGCGUCCCCUCCUCUCCAUGGCAACCCUUCUCGGAGCAGCCCUCGCCUCCGGUAAUGCCAUCGUCAUGGUACCCAGUCAGGAGUAUCCGCUGCCAGCAUUGGCAUUCAUUCGGGUGCUCCUGUCUUCAGAUCUGCCAGCAGGCUUGGUGAACAUCAUUACAGGAAGAAGAGACAAGUUGACAAAGGCUUUGGCCAAUCACAGUGUCAUCAAGGCCAUCUGGUACUGGGGCAACAGUGAGGGCUGCCAGUACCUCCAGUACACCUGCACUAAACCGUUGAAAACAUUGCACCUGUUCUGUCAGACGGACAAGGACGGUAACCAUGGCAGCAGAGACUGGACUCACGCUUCCGUUCUGGAGGAGAUGUGGAGAAACGCCGUCCAGUGGAAGAGCGUGUGGAUUCCGACAGCUUAAAAAGUCAAUACGAAGACUGUAAGAGGAGGAAGAUGGCAAAAAGACUCUUUGGCUGGGAAGUUUUACUAUGCGAGGCAGGUUAAAGAAUAAAUCAAGAUUUGAAAGUGAACUAACUGCUGUAAAAAGCCUGUCGUAAAAAAAAAAAAAAAAAAAAAAAAUUAAAAAAGGUGGGGGCUUCACACGUUAUACAGUGCAGUGAAAAGGUAUUGGUACUAGGAAAAAAACAAAAACAUCUGAAUGGUUCCCAAGACUUUGGAAGAAUAUCAUAUAGACUGACAAGAUGAAAGUUGAGGUUUUUGGAAGCUGUGCGUCUCAUUACAUCUGGUGUAAAUGUAGCACGGCAUUUCAGAAGGAGCAGCAUGCCAACGGUCAAACAGGGUGGCGGUAGUCUGGUUUUGGGCUGCUUUUUGUCCUUCAGGACCUGGACGACUUGCUAUGAUUGAUGGAACCAUGACUUUUGCUCUUUAAGAGAAAAUCCUGAAGGAGACUCUUUCGCCAUCAGUUUGUGACCUCAAGCUGAAGCGCACUUGGGUUCGCGGCAGGAUCCGUAACACACCAGCAAGUCAAGUCAACUGCUGAAUGGCUUAAAAAAACAAAAUGAAAGUUUUGGAGUGGUCUAGUUAAAGUCCAGACUCGAAUCUGAUUGAAAUGCUGUGGCAUGACCUUAAAAAGGCCGUUCAUGCUCGAAAACCCUCCAUCUCUGCUGAAAUCCCCAAAAUUCUCCGAGGAAAAGUGGGCCAAAAUCUUUCCACAGCGAGUGAAAGAAAACGCUUGAUUUUUAGUUGUUGCUGCUGAGGAUGGCCCAAGCCGUUAUUAGGUUUAGGGCGCCAUGACUUUUUCGCACAGGGCCAGGCAACUGAAUAGUUUUGUUUUUUUUCUUAAUAAACGACAUCGCCAUUUAAAAACUGCAUUUUAAGUUCACUUGGGUUAUAUUUGUCUAAUAUUUACAUUUGUUUGAUGAUCUUAAACAGUUAAGUGGAGAAACUAUGCAAAAAUAUAAGAAUUUGAGAUACUUUUUCACAGCACUGUAUACAAUUAGCCGACGUCAAUAUUUGAUAUUCGUGAUGAAUUAAAAUGAAUGUUAUUUGGAUUUUGUGGGCCAGCCAUUGAAAGGCAAAGCCACCUGUAUAACUAUAGCCUCCAAAAUGUUGAAAAUACUCCCCUUAAACAUGAGAUCAGUAUGCUGUUGAAGUGGAGGUUGAUACUAGAUCUCGAAUCAAAUGACGGACGGCCAAAGGUAUAUUUUACAACAGUGCAGAAAGCAGAGAGUAGACCUUUGACUGACAUAACAAGCAAUGACUUUUGUUGUGAGGCACUGACAGAAAUGGUACCGGUACUUAAAAUGAAGGAUUUGGAUCGUGGUGGUACGUUAGCCAUGUCACCUGUUUUUGUCCUUUCAUAGCAUCAACGAUGACAGGGUUUGUGUCAAAUACCUUACUGAAAUAUAAUAAUUGAGCCUUGUUGAUGAUCAUGUACUUGUUUAUUUUGAGAACAAGUUCACAUUCCAUUUUCGGGUUGUGAGCCAGAGUCCUUUCUGGUUAAAAGUUACAAUUAAAAAGUAA